GAUGGUCGACAGGAACCGUGCUCUUAAACUAAUUAGGGUUAGGGUAUCCGUGCACCGCCAAAAGGGCCCCGCAAUUUACAUGGUGGGGUCCAUGCUGCUUUUCUUCUCGAACUCAACCCAAAGUUCGCUCCGAUCCAGGAUUAUAUCCCAUGGAAUACUCCGUGGCCGACCGUCAGCGUCUGGUCCCCUGCCAAGCCGAAUACCGCCAAUUCCAUCCUGACUUAGCAGGAUCGGCAGGCUGCCAGCGGCGGUCUGGGUGCAGCUCUCCCAGUUGCCACCGACGACGACGACCUCCGUGAACCCUGCGACCGGACACCACCCGGUCAGCGACACCGCCAUGGCCGAAUCCAACUCACCAGUUCCUGUUCUCGGCACCAUGCCUCCCGAGAUCAUUGCUCUAAUCCUGGACUUUUUAAUCCCACAGCCACCAGAAAUCGGCGAGACACGCCCUGUCGCCUACCACCAACUGAUGGUAGACGAGCCCUGGUUCGACUUCACGCGAUGCCGCCGCGGCCUCCAUAGCGUCUGUCGCGUCUCCCGUCGCCUCUCGGAGAUGGCUCGCCCGCUACUAUAUAGGGUCGUUGCAAUCUGGGACGAAACCGCAAUGCUUCUCUUCUUCCGCACCCUCUGCAGCAAGCCCCACUACGGCCUCUUCCCACGCUAUGUGUCUUGCCACAUCACCUUGACAUGCAACAAUGUCAUCCGCGAAGUCCGCGAGCUCCUUCCCAAGUACCUCCCUACCUUCGCGCCAGCUCCGGGGUCCGGGAUCCUCGUCACGGCCACUCGGCAGUUCCUCCACAUGCUGCGCAGCUUCCUCCCGCAAAUGGUGGCCAGCGUAGGCGACUUCGACCACGUGCCCCAGGCGCUGUUCUGCUUCAUCCUGAUGUUCCUCUCCAAGGUAGAGACGGCCCUCCUGCAAAUACCCAUCAGCGACGAUCAGCCGGAAUACGCCGUGCUCUGCGGUCAGAUCGAGGGGAUCAAGGAUCUCUUUCGAACCGAGCCCGAUGCGGCGCCCCUACAAAUGAUCCGCACCCUCCUCCUCCAGGGCGAUCCGGAGCUCCUGUCCGAGAUCGAAGAAGACGAGUGCGAGUGCGACGGCCCAGACGUCUGGGGCGCGCAGCCCCGAAAGUACGCCCCGCUCUUCUCCAGCCUCCCCAACCUCACCACGCUCGAAGUCAGCAGCGACGACGGGGUCUGGACGACGGCGCUCGACGAGUUCGACGACUUCCUCCCCUUCGACGAGGCCGCGCCGCCGCCCUUCAUGCCCAACAUCCGCCACAUCUACCUCCACAACAGCGUCGCCUACCCGGGCGACCUGCACCACCUGCUCCUCAACGCGCCCCGCCUCGAGACCCUGUACAUGGCCCCGCGCGGCGACGACUCCCUCAAGGAGAUGGUCGACGACGGCCACGCCGCCGAGCACCCGGAGUCCCUCGACAUCGGGCUGGCCAGCCACGCCAAGCACCUGCGCAACCUCGACGUCAGCUGGGAGGACAUCUCCGGGUUCGAGAGCCUGGUGGGCCCCGACGGGCGGCUGACAUCCCUCGCACAGAUGGAGUCGCUGCACACGCUGUGCGUGCAGAUGGGCCUGCUGUACGGCAAGCCGUCGGCGGUGCUCGAGACGCCGCUGGUCGAGCUACUGCCGCCCAACCUCGUCGAGCUGGCGCUCGAGGACUGGUGGUGGUCCAACGUGGAGCUGCUCGACGUGCUGCCGACCUGGGCCGCCCGCGACCGCGUCCGCCACUACCAGGCCCAGAACCACUACCGCGCCGCCGCGCUCCGCACCCUCACCCACUUCGCCCGCGACGUCCGAACCCGCCUGCACCGCCUGCAGCGCGUCGUCUUGCUGGUCAAGAUCCCCUGGACGUGGGUCCUCGAGGGCGCCGUGCCGCUGGAGUUCCACUUUGAGGUGGUGAAGAAGGUCUUUCUGGAGCAGGGGGUCGAGUUCUCGGUCAAGUCUGACGAGGUUUAGGGGGGCGUUUGUUUGAAGGGGUGAGGAAAGGGGUGGGUUGUUGUGGGACGACGCGUCAUGGUGUUGUUUACGAGUUUACGAAUGUCAUCGUUACCAAGAUGAGGAUGGCCUGCCAUGAUUGGUAUAGUUAUAGCGUAUUUUUACAUAGACUCAAAUGUGCAAACUGAACGGGUGUAUAAAC